AUGCAAACAGAUAGGACAUACAAGACUACUUAUAGUCAAGUUGAAUGGCCACCUAAAACUAGUGUUAGGAAAAGAAAAGUUGUGAGAAAAAUACAACAAUCAGUAAACAUUGAAGGGGUUGGGCAAGAUACUGUUAUGGGUGAUGAAGCUGCUCAAGAUGUUAGGGUUAAUGUAGAUGAAGUGGAGGUUGGUAAUGUAGAACAACCAAGGAAAAGGAAAAAGUUUGAAAGAAUCCUUAAAAUGAAGCUGGAAAAAAGAGUUGAAGGUGAACGUAGCAGUGCAACAAAAUCUAUGUAG